AUGGUUUUCGAACAAAGAUCAGCUAGCACCAGGUUGAAGCCAUUGUACUUGUCUGCUUCACCAGCUACUUCCUCCGCAAACUCCAGAGGGCUUUUUUCACACUGUAACCAGAAGUGGGCAUCAGCAACUGCGGAAUGAGAGAGAGACAGAGACAGAGAGAGGGAAAUACCUCCAAGAACUUGACAGGCAAAGCCCCUCUGCUCUUGGCGUCGGGGAAGGGAUCAGGCUCCAGGACAUUGGUCAGGAAAGCUAG